AAAUUCAUGUGAAAAUCGGUCAAUAUUGAAGUGGUUUGAAAAGAAGAAGAAGAAGAAGCAAAAAGCUAUAGUAUUAUUUUGCUAGAUUUUUGAAAAGCGGGGUUGGUUGGGUCGGAGAUAGUUGACUGUGAUGGUAAGAAAUGGUGCACGUGGUGCCAGCGGACCCACAGGCGGUGGUUGCGGUGAAGAAGAAGGCGCAGCCGUCUCGAAGUUGGGUCCUUCUCGAUAGCACGGGGGAGACCACCGUGCUCGACGUCGACAAGUAUGCCAUCAUGCAUCGAGUUAACAUCCAUGCCCGAGAUUUACGGAUCCUCGACCCUCUCUUGUCUUACCCUUCCACCAUUCUCGGUCGUGAUGGAGCUAUAGUCUUAAAUUUGGAGCAUAUCAAAGCAAUUAUUACUUCUGAGGAGGUUUUGCUUCGAGAUCCAUCAGAUGAAAAUGUUGUCCCUGUUGUUCAAGAACUUCAGAGGCGUUUGCCUCGGGCGAAUGUCAUACGCCAAGGUCAGGACUAUACGAAUGGACAAAAUGAUGUUGAGGGUGACGAAGAUGAGUCUCCAUUUGAAUUCCGAGCAUUGGAGGUUGCUUUAGAGUCUAUUUGUAGUUUUCUAGCAGCACGAACACUAGAACUAGAGACUGCAGCUUAUCCUGCUUUAGACGAGCUGACCUCACAGAUCAGUAGUCGUAAUUUGGAUAGAGUUCGUAAAUUGAAGAGUGCAAUGACCAGAUUGACUGCUCGGGUACAAAAGGUGAGAGAUGAACUAGAACAGCUACUGGAUGAUGAUGAUGAUAUGUCUGACCUUUAUUUGUCAAGAAAAUUGGCUGGAACUUCACCUGUUAGUGGAUCAGGUGCUGCGAAUUGGUAUCCUGCAUCUCCUACGAUAGGAUCGAAAAUUUCCAGGGCAAGUAGAGCAAGUAUAGCAACAGUUCGUGGCGACGAGAAUGAUGUUGAGGAGCUUGAAAUGUUACUGGAGGCCUACUUUAUGCAAAUUGAUGGAACAUUGAACAAAUUAACAACGUUGCGGGAAUACAUCGAUGAUACUGAGGAUUACAUCAAUAUUCAGCUUGAUAACCAUCGAAACCAGUUGAUCCAGUUAGAACUGUUUCUAAGUUCGGGAACCGUGUGUUUAUCCAUCUAUUCCUUGGUGACUGCAAUAUUUGGGAUGAACAUUCCAUAUACAUGGAAUAGUAACCAUGGAUACAUGUUUAAAUGGGUGGUGAUUGUCUCUGGGAUACUUUGUGCAAUUCUGUUUGUACUAAUAAUGUCCUAUGCCCGGGUGAAGAGUUUGGUUGGAUCUUGAGACCUCGGGGAAAGUUUAUUGGAGAUUCUUUGCAUGCGAGUCAGGUUUCAAUGAAAAAUUAGGACACUUCAAUAAAAACAGAAAUUUGUCUUUUACUUAUAUAACUUUUGAUGCAUGCAAUUGGAAAACUAUUUGAAAGAAAAGAAAUAAUAAAACACACAUAGUUCCAAGCAA